AUGGCAUCCUCAGGACUAGGCUCGAUCUCGCAUCCAGCCUCUUCACAAGGUGGUGGAACUCUGCGGCAAGACGCUGGCGCGCUCGCACGGCAGGUUAAUCGCCUACUGAAUCGCCAGCUUUCGUCUGUAUGCCAGGUCAACGGCGUUAAGAGCACUGGAAUCAAGGCGGAGCUGCAGGGCCGCAUACAUAAUCUCAUCCAAGAGGCCGUCAACGCCAACGACCCUCUUCGUCUUCAGCAAAUUCGCCAAAGCGUGCAUAAUACUAUUUCGAAUCCGCUUGUCAGCUCUUCGCCUUCUCGAACGACUCUCGCGCACUCGCAUAGCCAUGCUCCCUCUGCACCAUUCAGCUUGUCCAGCAUGUCAUUCCCCAAUACCCACAGUAGCCUGUCUAAUGGUCAGCGCUUUGGCGGGUCGCAAACAGUAACAGUUACUUUCAAGUCGAGCCCGUUUUACCAGAUCGAGGCGACUGUUGGUGACGUGAAGGUUUGCGAUGUCAUGUCGCAGCACCGUAACACGGUAUCCUACCCCAUCAGAGUCGAAGACCAUCCUUAUCUACAGAAGUGUGUCGACAAUCCUUCGUACCGAGUGAUGAUCUUUUGCGCCGGAGAGAGCUUAGGGACGCAAGAAGUCGCGUUCCCCCAUCAGUCGGAGCUCAAGGUUAAUGGUGGUGAGAUCAAGGCCAAUUUGCGCGGCUUGAAGAACAAACCUGGUUCUACUAGACCGGUUGACAUCACUAAAGCGCUCAGGCUCCGUCCAAAGUACACCAACAACAUUGAUUUUACAUAUGCGUUGACGUCCAAGGCAGGUCCCAGUCAAGUCAUGAUAUCACAUUUCAGGUCUAACAAUGUGCAGAAAUUCUACCUUGUGGUCAACAUCUGCAAGAUCACUUCUGUUGAAGAGCUUGCAGGUCGCAUAGCUGCUGGCAAGAGAAUAUCGAUCGAGUCUGUGAAGCAAGAACUCAAUGCCAAAGCACAGGAUCCCGAUGUGGUAGCAACUUCCCAAGUUCUAUCUCUCAAAUGUCCGUUGUCAUACAUGCGCUUAACGCUUCCGUGUCGUGGCUUUACGUGCACACAUCUACAAUGCUUUGAUGCUACGUCGUAUCUUCAACUGCAAGAGCAGGGCCCGCAAUGGCAGUGCCCCAUAUGCUAUAAAUCUGCUACUUUUGAUCAGUUGGCAGUUGAUUGUUAUGUGAAGGAUAUCCUUGCAAAGACAUCCAAGAGCCAAGAAACCGUGACAAUCGAGCCUAACGGCGACUGGCAUACCAAGAGCUCUGAAGACAGCAGUCAGGGGCAGACGAACGGCAACGCUUCACAUCAAGGCACUUACGACGAUGAUGAUGACGACGACGACCUAGUAAUAUCAGAAGUUAAUCCCAUCAGCCAUCGUCGUGUGGAAACGCCCAAGAACGGCACCCCGAGUAUCAAUACACCUGGAACUGCAGGUCGAGACAGUUCAUCUGCUGGUCCUCGAGGAAUAGCAUCUACCAGUGCCAAACGGCCGGCGGCCGCCAUCAUCGACUUGACCCUCUCGGAUGAUGAUGAUGAUGAUGAUGACGAGCCAGCUCCCCCCACCAAGAGGCAGAACACUUCAACGAAUGGAUUUUCGGGAUCGAACGGUCUAUCUGGUUCCUCUCCAGUGUCCCCUGACGGUUUCGGGUAUCUGUAG